AUGAGGCUGGUUCGCAGAUCUAUCUUGACACAUCAUGUCUACGAAUACUGGGGCAGCGGCAACACCCUGGAAGAGCUCAAGGCGAGCAUGGUGGCCAAGUCCCAGCAUCUCUGGGACAAAUACGAAGAAUGCUCGUUCAAGAUCCACAUCGACUCUUAUCAAGGCAGGCGAUCGUCUGCGUCUCGCAUGCAGACCAUCAACUUCCUCUCCUUCCUGGGCUUCAAGGGUCCUGUCAAGAUGUCGGGUGCAGACCAGGAAUUCAAGCUCUUCGAGCAGUGGGCAUUUGACGCCAUGGUUUCCGGCGCAGAACACCCUCUGCGUUACCACUUUGGGCGGCAGCUUGGCGGCGCCUCUCGCGAGAUCAUCAACAAAUACGACCUGAAGAAGCGGCGCUACAUCAAUACUACGUCCAUGGACUCGGAACUCGCCCUCAUCACGGCAAACAUGGCCCUUGCGGCGCCGGGAAAGCUGUUCUACGACCCCUUUGUCGGGACGGGGAGCUUCCCGAUUGCAUGUGCUGAGUUCGGCGCGAUCACUUGGGGCAGCGACAUUGACGGUCGUGCUGCCAGGGGCGAAUACAAUAAACUCCAGGGCAAGGGCAAGUCCAAAGCCGAGAUGUCGCUGAAAGGCAACUUCGAGCAGUACGGGCUGCUUUCCGGGCUGGGUGACAUGUUCACCGCCGACCUGACGAACUCGCCCAUCCGCCGGCACCCAAUCGGCGCGGGCGGCGCGGGCGGACGCAGGCGCCUCUUCGACGGCAUCAUCUGCGACCCGCCGUACGGCGUGCGCGAGGGGCUGCGGGUGCUCGGGUGCCGCGACGCGGAGAAAAGGCCGUGGAUCGUCGAGGCGGGCAAGGAACGGUACAAGGAGCCCGACUUCGUCGCCCCCAAGAAGCCGUACAGCUUCCACGCCAUGCUGGACGAUAUCCUCGCCUUCGCCGUGGAGACGCUGGUGGACCGCGGCAGGCUGUCGUUCUGGAUGCCCACGGCGAACGACCAGGAGCAGGAGAUCGCCGUCCCGACGCACCCGUGCCUGGAGAUUGUGUCGGUGUGCACGCAGCCUUUCAACAAGUGGUCGAGGAGGCUGAUAAAUUACCGGCGCCUCCCGGAUGAUACGGUGAACGAGGAUGAUCUGGCGGCCUGGAAAGUCAAGGCGGAGCGCCGUCAUGAGGGCGUAACAGCGGACGAGCUCAACCCCUUCCGGAAGGGGUAUUUCAAGAAGUUCGUAACGGAGGAGGAAACAAAACAACAGCCUCAAGUUGACGGGAAAUGA